AUGUGUGACCAGCAAAAGAUACUGAGUAAUGUACAGGGAGCACCGGGUGAGAGGGGUGAACGGGGCGUUUCGUUCAUCAGUGCCGUGGUCAGCGACGAUGGUCGACUGUUCCUAUACGACAGCGAGAGUAGUGACUACCUCGUCGUGGCACUUGGGGCGGAUCUGGAAACCGGUUUACACGGUACACUGAGCCCCGAGUUUGUUCCGAUGUUUGGGGAGUUCCUGCCCCGUACAGCGGCGCUGCAGAAGUACGAUGCCAAGUUGCUUGGCAAGGUUGGCAAGCGGUACCACAACUCCAUGAGGUGGCUGGUUGUGGGGGCGGAGCGUGUCAAGUCGAGAAGUUGCCCGUAUAGAUUGUGGGUGCAACGCUGCAAUCUAGCUACUAAACGAACGCACUCUAAACGCUUCUCGCUCCUGAAUGCACUCUAG